AUGGCGCCCAUUUCUACAAGUGCCUCGGAGGUUCUCAUCGAGACCAUCCAUCUCGUGGCCCGCGGCAAGGGCCCAGAAUUCACAACCGGCGAACCCUACAGGGGCGCGGGAGGCAAUGUCAAAAAGAAAGGCCCUCCCAAGAAAACAAUCGGCAUCGCUGUCGGUUGCGUCCUCGUAGGUCUAUUGCUCCUCUACUUUGCAGCGAAGCUUUAUUGUAGCUGGCAGAGAAAUAGAAAGAGGAGGCCCGCUGAAUCGGAGACACGUCCGAGAGGAUUUUUCGGUGCUUUGUUCCGGAGGAAGAAGAAUAAGAAGAAUGGGGACGUGGAUGAGGAGACUGAGGUGGCUAGGAAGACGGACGAGCAGCCUAGAAACGUCCCUGUUGCGCAGGAGAAAUAUGCACAGCACGAUGAAGAUGCAAAUUCGCAGUCUACACUUCAGACUGCGAACCAGAAUGAGAAGAUGCGAAGCAACAGCGAGACUACUCUACAAGGGCAACGGGAGUCUCUGGAGAAAGCGCAUGACAAGACGACUGAGAACGUGGACCUGAAUGAUACACGGAAUCCGGAAGACACCGCCCCUGACAAUGAACCGUACUCCAUGGUCAGGGAAGCCGAGAGAGCAAUGGAACAAGGGAAGUGUUGA